GUGUAAUAUAAUGUACGCAUGCGUGAAGGUAGUAACGACAAUCCCUUAAGGCUCGAGUGGUGUUCGUCCGCUUAAUUUCUUGGAAAAAUGCCCCCGACAGGAGAAGUGGUAAUUGGCAGUGCAGCAAGAAUGAGUAAUGGAAACCGACUGCGCUGGGACCUGACGCCGGACCAGGUCCAGCAUCUCUCUGAUGAACUUAUUGCCAGUGCAAAGAAAGUGUAUGAUGCAGUUGGCUCCCUGGACCUGGCUAGUGUCACCUAUGAAAACACCCUAAAGGCCCUGGCUGAUGUGGAGGUGGAAUAUACAGUUCAGCGUAAUAUGCUUGACUUUCCUCAGCAUGUCUCACCAUUGAAAGAUGUGCGCAUGUCAAGCACUGAUGCAGACAAGAAGCUUUCAGAGUUCGAUGUUGAGAUGAGCAUGAGGGAGGAUGUUUAUCAAAGGAUUGUUGCCUUCCAGCAAAAGCAGGAAGCACAAACUUUAAGUCCCGAGAGUAAGAGGUACAUGGAAAGACUGAUAAAGCUUGGCAAGAGGAACGGUUUGCACCUCCCGAAGGAAGCUCAGGAUGAAAUCAAAAAUAUCAAGAAAAAACUAAGCAACUUAUGCAUUGACUUCAAUAAACACCUGAAUGAAGACACAACAACUUUGUCCUUUAGCAGAGACCAGCUUGGUGGUCUUCCUGAUGAUUUUCUGAACUCUCUUGAGAAGGAUGAGGAUGGAAAAUUAAAGAUCACCCUGAAGUAUCCACAUUACUUCCCCACCAUGAAGAAGUGUUACGUCCCUGAGACACGCAAAAAGUUGGAAGUAGCCUUUAAUUCCCGCUGCAAGGAGGAGAACUCAAGUGUCCUAAAGGAGUUAAUAGAACUUCGAGCCAAGAAGAGUGCUCUGCUUGGCUUUAACACCCACGGUGACUUUGUGCUGGAGAUGAACAUGGCGAAGUCCAGCAAGAAGGUGUCUGCCUUUCUCGAGGAACUGGCACGCAGACUGAAGACACUGGGUGAAGAGGAGCGUUCUGUGAUUCUCAAGUUAAAAGACAAGGAAUGUCAGAAGAGGGGUUUCCCCUUUGGCGGGCAGAUUCAUGCUUGGGAUACUAGGUAUUUUAUGACACAGGUGGAGGAAACGCAAUAUGCUGUGGAUCAAAAUCAACUGAAGGAGUACUUCCCAAUGGAUGUGGUAACACAUGGGCUCCUAGAUAUCUACCAGGAGCUACUAGGCCUUUCGUUUGAGUUGGUGGAGGAUGCCCCAGUCUGGCAUGAGGAUGUUGUGCUGUACAGCGUCAAAGAUCGCUCAACAACUCAUGAAAUUGGGCAGUUUUACCUCGACCUCUUUCCAAGAGAGGGAAAGUACGGCCACGCUGCAUGCUUCGGUCUGCAGCCUGGAUGCUUGCUGCCUGAUGGAAUGCGACAGAUCGCCGUGGCCGCCAUGGUUGCCAACUUCAGCAAACCUACAGCGGACGCACCCUCGCUGCUGCAGCACGACGAGGUGGAAACAUACUUCCACGAGUUUGGCCACGUCAUGCACCAGCUGUGUGCUCAGGCAAAUUUUGCUAUGUUUAGCGGGACCCAUGUUGAAAGAGACUUUGUUGAGGCUCCCUCCCAAAUGCUUGAGAAUUGGGUAUGGGAGAAAGAGCCACUGCUCCGCAUGUCCAAGCACUACAAGACUGGUAAUCCCAUUCCAGAGGAACUUCUGGACAAGCUCAUUAAGUCUCGUCUGGCUAAUACAGGCCUCUUCAACCUAAGGCAGAUUGUGUUGGCUAGGGUAGAUCAGGUGUUGCAUACCAGAAUUGGUGUAGACCCAGCAGAAGAGUAUGCCAGACUUUGCCUGGAGAUCCUGGGAGUUCCUGCAUCUGAAGGCACCAAUAUGCCGGCAACAUUCGGACACCUUGCGGGCGGUUAUGAUGCGCAAUAUUAUGGUUACUUGUGGAGUGAAGUCUUCUCUAUGGACAUGUUCUAUGGCCGUUUCAAGAAAGAAGGAAUCAUGGACUCAAAGGUGGGCUUAGAUUACAGAAACUGCAUCCUGAAGCCCGGUGGUUCACUGGAUGCCGAGGAGAUGUUGAAGAACUUUCUAGGCCGUGAGCCAAAGCAAGAAGCCUUCCUGUUAAGCAAAGGGCUAACUGUUGAACUGGAAGGUGGUACCCCUUGUGCGUGUUGAACCUCAUCCCCACUUAUGUCCUCAGAGCUCGUUCUGGAAAGUUAGUAGAUAUUCUCCAGGUUUACUCUCUCCAGGUAAUGCAGUGGUUGGUUUUUAAUUGAAGAUUUUUAAAUGAUCAGUUGUAUUGAUACAGAGUUCUGUUGACAUCAAUAAAAACUUGUACCUGAUUUUU